AUGACCAGCGACCCUCUCCGCCCGGGCCUCCAUCCGCUGUCGCAUCUCAAAGCUGGUCCAACCACCUCCAGCUCGAAGUCGACUGCUGUGCCCUCAUCUCCGACUCUGCAGUCUUUUGCCCAAGCUCCGACGCGCCCGCAACCAGUCAAAUAUGCUAGUCGAGAGGAUCCGGUUAAUGCGACGAGCGACAAGGCGACGAUUGCUCUAAUUCGACGCAUCCUAUGUCCCCAAGCUGGUAACCAUGGGGGUGCCACUACUCCUCAACCUCCGGAAGAUCUGCUGCCUCCCCUGACGAGCUCAAAUGAGGUAGAUCGUCAGCUUUAUGCGCUUAUUGCCAUCAUCGUCAAAGAGUUUGUGUUCACCUGGUACUCAAAGAUCACUUCGGAUCAGGUGCUCGUGAGCGAACUCCUUCAGGUCAUUGCGCACUGCACCCGCGCUCUUGAGCAGAGGUUGCGCGAAAUCGAUGUUGCGCAGCUGUUUCUUGAUGAGAUUCCUGCUCUCGUUGAGAGGCACGUUACAUCAUAUAGACUAGCAAAGCAGCAAUCAGCACAAUCUUCGAUAUCUCCUCCGCUCCGCGAGAUUUAUCAUGCUCUAAAUCCGCAUCCAGGCCUCUCACCGAUCCCCGACCCAUCAGAUGCUCAAGCUGUUGCGCAGCAAAGAGAAAACGAAUCAAUUUAUCGACAACUAUUGGUCCACGGCAUGUUAGCGGUGCUACUCCCCACGGAGGACCUGGAAAAUGCUUCUCUGCGAACUCUGCUCGGUGACAUCCUGGCAGAUCUUGUGCUGGGCAAUGCAGUGGCCGGGAAAAUCAGCGAAGGAUGGUUCUUGUGGGACAGUAUCACGAAGGUGGUCGACAGGGUAGGGCGCAACGAACAGGAGGAGGAUGUAGCGACUGCAACCCUGGGUCAACGAUCCCGACUUCACAAGUACGGUCUCCUCUCUCAAGAAGCGUUCACGGAAGGUCAUUCGUCGUCCCACGUCCAAGUGCCAGUUCCCGACUGGAUCUGGCAAGCGCUACAAUAUGCCUACAUGAUCUACGUGACUUUACGUUUCAUUGUGAUCGGCCUGUUUCGCGUUGCAUCCGCACCUCCGGUUACUGCGUCCCUGACACCAUGCCCUCCAACCAGCAACGCGGACGGAACCCCCUCGUGCGCAACCUCCAAGAAGCGCCCGGUGCUGGACUACCGGUUGUAUGGCAUGGUCUCGCAAGUGAUGGAUGUGCCGCAGCGGAUGCCUUGGCUGUGUGGAAUGCUCGCACUGAUCCAGUAUCUGAUCCUGGCCGGUCCAGGUAGAUUGGGUGAUACGGAUAGUGUUCUUGAUAGCAUUUUGGGCGGGCGGGCGGGCUGGCUGGCUGGCUGUGCCCACACCCCCCGAGGGGAGAAAGAAGGAGCUUUGACAUCCUCUGGUCAUGCCAUCCGGGACUGGGGUGUCUUCGGACAUACCGAACUACUACUUACUUUCUGGUCUGGUCUGCAAGUCCGCUGCCGUCUGUCAAUGGGUCUGUCAAUUUGGGCCGUGGGCUGGCCCGACCCUUCCGUCCCGUCCAGCUCCAGCUCUCUUUUUUGUGUCGUGCACAACCUGGUCGGAGGGGCAGUCAAAACAAUGAUCGCGGCAUCGAUCGCACAAGAUUUAGAGGGGAAACCGCAAAGGAAAAAGCAAAUUGUGCACUACCAGCUAGUUGGCUACUUCCUUCGAAGUCAAAUCGAGCGAAGAUUGCCCAUCCCUGCCCCUGGAAAUGGGCGUAGUCGAGUCCGCGACCUUGUCGUCAUCUUCACCACUGGCAGCAUCUCCAUUCGCACCAAUGGCUGGUCCAAGCUCCUGUACUGCCCCCCUAGCCAAGCAGAUCCCUCUUCUAGUGCUACUGGUCUUGCUCACUUUAUCGGAGUGUGGCCGUCAUUACUAUCCCGAUGGGGCAAACCGCUUCUCCACAGUCUGAGAUUCUGUCAAAUGUCAACUGUUACCUCGGGGCUAUUGCGGACCUCCCCGUUCCUUCACGAGACCAUCCGCGAUCAUGUCCUGACCCCCGCUCUUUUCCCAAACCUGCUUCUGGCGACUAGGGCCGCGCUCUUUCCUUUGAACGCCCGGCCAGCGUCCACAGCGGUAGAUGGUCGCGCCGCGGCUUCGGCGCCGCAGCUGUCCGUGCAGCCUCCAGCAUCUCCUAUGGUGAAAGGGUCUGUUAACGACGCCGCUGGCGCAAGUGACGCUUGCAGUAGUGUUUCCUCGUCUGGUGUCUCCGCGACAGCGCCCUUAUCGCCGGAUCCGCAGCCUUCCACGCCCGACGUCGCUUCUAUCAAGCGACGCUGUGCGACCAGCAUUCUCUCCCGGCUUCCUCGCCCAAUCGCACGUCGUUUCUUUGGUGUCCCGUCUGCUCCUAUCGAGCACAACCCGCCGUCCCGACACCGAGGGCGACUGAAUAGCUCCGAUGAAUCUGAAUCGCCCUGGCUCGACUCUCCUCAGGCGUCAUCGACUGUCUCACCCGCAGAUUGCGGCCACGAAGAGUCACUCCUACUCGCUGCCAUUGAGGAGAUUCUCGACCUCUUUGCCGAUGAUUAUUGCAAUAAGCAUUUAAUAUAUUCCAUCAUAGAAGCCAUUCUCACAAAGCUCCUUCCGGAGUUGUCUGAGCGCAGCAUCGCCGAGCUAAUGGAGGACAGGGGGGUACCCCUGGCCUCGAAUUUGACUCCACCUACCCAUGCGGGCUCAUAG